AUGUCAUACUCAAACACAAGCGGGGGCACGCUGACCAUCCCCUCACCCACGCAUGUCCACCAUGUUGAUGUCGGCGCGGCCGUAGUGCGAUCGCUUAGACGCUCUCUGUCGCGCUCGCCCUCAAAAUUCAACCUCGCCCGAACCGCAUCGCACAGUUCGAGCGGCAGCUCUGCACAAUCACCUCAGGCGUCGCCAGCAGAAUUGCCCUGUUCGCCGUCGAAAUUUGCCGCCGAUACGAAUCAAGAUACCAAUUUCCCCACUGGCGCGACUUCGCUGCCACAGACGCCCUCCGCGACGCCGUUCAGCCCCAGCAUCAAACUGUCUCUACGAUCCGCCAAGCCCAAGGCCGCCUCAGCCCGACCUUUUACUCGGACGCGUCUUUCGCCCAAGAGCCCGCUCAAGCGACCGUUGAACACCAGCCCCGACACUGGGAACCCGCCGCCGCGCAUUUCUGGUUCUGCGCCUGUUCUCGGCCAGGAGAACAACGGAUAUAACAGCUUCGCCCUCUCGUUCAGCGCCUCGGCGCGCUCGAACCUGGACAAGCCAUCGCGCCAUAGCAUGCACCUGGACCUCUCUGGCUCCUCGAAAACCAUACCAAGCAAAUUUCUCGACGCGAAGAGCGAAUUCUUGUCACCCACAGCCAGCCCUCUGAAGCGCAGUGACGCAAAGAUGGACUUUGAUCACGCAAGUUUCGGGAGCCCCGUGGCGAAACGGCGCAGCUUGCACGGAAUCUCGAGCCUGGGGAAUGAUUUCAGCAUCUUCGACCAGUCGCCUCAGCCUGCGCCACAACCUCAAGCCUCCCAACAACAGAGUUUCGACAUCCACGAAGAUGGCGACCAGGAGUACCAGCUCACCGGCUCGUCACUAAACCUGCGAGAUCAGGUAUCUUCGCCCGCGUUUUCAAUGCCGAAGCGCACAUCAUCCCUGCGCAAAUCGACCCUGCAGCAGCGCCACGAUCCCAGAUCAUCUUGGGGUCGCCGCCAAGGUGAGAAGUAUCUGGCCCAACAGUCCAACGAGACAUCGACACCCAACCCGCGGAAUCGGCUACGUGCAUCUCUGGACCAGUUUCUUCAACCCGACCCGCGAGACAGCCCUUUCACCUCGAGAGGACCUCUCCCCAACCCUUCUGCGCACGCGAUGGACCCUCCGGCGCAUCGCCCACACCCGCUGUCCCGGAGCCUCACCACGUCUUCUUCGAACUCGAGCGUGCCGGACGAGUCUCCGACUCACUUCCCGAUCCAAUUCGGGGACAGGCCACGCCCGAUGGGCAUAUUUGCAAAGUCCCUGCCCUUGACUGCUCAACGACCCAAGGAGCCGGUGCCGGUAUCGACCCCGCAGUACAAGACUGCAAAGCCGUUGCAGUCCGUCUUCGCGUCGACCGGUCUUGUAUCCAAGAUGAAUCGCAAUCCGGAACUCGACCCUGCCGAGCGAGAUGGCGGAAAGGCAAUGAUCAUGCCUGACACGCCCUGCAAGAAGCAGAUGUACUCCUCAAAUACUUACCCUCCAUCGUCCGGAAGUGGUGGUGGCAGGAAAAAGCAGCCGCGCCACUCCUUUGGGACUCCUUCGACUCCCUUCAGCACCUUCGCGCACCCGCCUCGCGGCACCUUUGGAAACCCAGAGAGGGGCGUUGGGCUCUUCAAGCUGAGGAGCGAUCAUGUCCGCCGGGAUAGCCUGUUCAGCCUGGAUGGUGACGUUGAUAUCCACUGCGGUAUUGAAAAUGAGCUGCCUCCGACGCCGACAAAGUCGGUUCUCGGUAGGGAAUCUUCCGGCCCCUAUGUUAGCACCACCCCUGUGUCCGUACGGAGGAUGCCGGCCCCUACAUCGGCCAUUGGCCGCGGCGGUAAUGACGACAUGUCAGAGCUUAGCUCCAGUCCCCUGGACCGCAUCGCCAACGAGCCGAAGAGCUCCCCCAAAACCCCUCGGGAUGUUCUUCUGCCUCUUGAUCCGAGUCGCCUGUCAAUUUCGAACGCGCAGGCUCUGGAGCAUCCUGCUUCUAUGCCUCCGGCAACCCCGACGGCAGGCCGCGACUCGUUCAUGAGCUUUGCCGAGCGCCGGACGAACUCGACGCCCGUCAACGGACCAGGUGCGGGCAGCGUUGAUGACGUUCUCCGAAUGCGCUUUGAGAGCGUCGAGAUGGUGGGCAAGGGCGAGUUCUCCGAGGUCUUUCGUGUGGAAAGUCAAGAGUCGAAGAGCAUGCCUUUCAUUGGAUCAAUGACGCCUUGCCGCGGCACCACCACUCCAGCUUCCAUGAUCAAGCGUGUCUACGCUGUCAAGAAGACCCGCAUGCCCUUCCUCGGACAGAAGGACCGGGCCUCGAAGCUCAGGGAAGUGGAAGCCCUUCAGGCUGUGAAGGACUGCGAGAACGUGCUCCAGUAUGUCGACAGCUGGGAACAGAACCACCAUCUCUACAUCCAGACCGAGUACUGCGACGAAGGUAGCCUGGACAAGUUCCUCAAGAUGGUCGGGGAAUCUGGCCGCUUGGACGACUUUCGAAUUUGGAAGAUAAUGCUCGAAGUCGCACAGGGACUGCGUUUUGUACACGAUGCUGGCUUUGUUCAUCUUGAUCUGAAGCCGGCGAAUAUCCUCGUCAACUACGAGGGCCACCUCAAGAUUGGCGACUUUGGCAUGGCAGUGUCUCUGCCAGCGCCAGAGGGCGUCGAGGGCGAGGGAGACAGGGAAUACAUUGGCCCUGAGAUUCUUCGUGGAGAGUACGACAGACCUGCUGACAUCUACGCCCUUGGUUUGAUCGUGCUGGAGAUUGCAUGCAACGUCUUCCUUCCCGACAACGGCCCCACCUGGGUCGCCCUCAGAGAAGGCGACAUGUCUGUCGUUCCGAGCUUGACUGGAAGCGAGUCGAGCGCCCUGGUGCGAGACGGCACGGGCAUGCCUAUCGCAAACGACGUCUCUCCGCUGGACGACAGCCUCGGCUGCUUCGAGUUUGAUGGGGCAAGCAGCCGAGGAUUCCCGUUCGAGUUCUCCAACACGUCCACUCACAACCCCAGCAACCUGUUCGGUACGACCAAGCGCUCAGAGCUGCAAACCCCUCCAGCUUUCAUGACGCAGGCCUCCGAUGCCGGCUCACUGGACAGCAUCGUAGGAUGGAUGAUUCAUCCAAACCCCGCGAGUCGGCCGACGGUCCACCAGCUUCUCGAUGCAAGUUCUUUGCAAUGGGUCUUUUCCCGUCGGCGGGCGCCUGCCACCAUUUUCGAAGGCAACUGGGGCCCGGCUGACCAGACACCAGACGUGCUGGUCUUUGACGCCGACUCGGAGAUGACGGACGUAUGA